AUGAGGAAAAGGAGUUUGACAACUUGCCUGGUGUUCCGGGAGUCUCUGAGGUUGGAAGAGACAGAUAUUGCUUCAUCAGACAUCAUGUUUGGAACCGAAGAAAAUUGGAGUGUCCCAAACAAGCAACCUCGCAAAUUCCGAAAUAAGAAAGGAAGAUAUUUAGAGAAAAUGUCAGUAGUUGUCAGAAAAAUCAUACGAGCAAUAUUGAGGGUGUCUUCUUCUAAUCCCACCUCAUUUCUGCGUGACUUAAGUUCACUGCUUGUCAAAAGCACUCAUUCCACGAUUUCACCAGAACUAUGCAUUGUGGUGAUGAGGUGUUAUGCAGAUAAUACAUUAACUAUCAUGCGCAAGUUGCUAUCUAGUACGUAG